UGCAACUAGCUAACGACGUAUCAUUGGUUAAACAGUCCUCGCGUCACGGACGGAUUCAUAUUUCCAGAAACUUCUGGCUUGCGAACAUUAAAAUAAUCAUUAAAGCUAGUUGUGCAUGGUUGCACAUGGUGUUUUGCACGUAUUGUUAGGUUUUAUGUGAAGUGUGGAAUGAUUAUGCGCGCUGUGUGCUGGACGUGAAGAGAAGCAUGGACCCACGAAAAGUGGCAGAGUUGAAGGGCUUCGUGCAAUUGUGCGAGUCCAAUCCCACGAUCCUGCACCUUCCAGAGAUGAGCUUCUUCCGGACCUGGCUGCUGAGCAUGGGUGCAACGAUCCCUCCCCAACCCAGGACAGAUGAUUCUUGCCAGGGUGGAUGUCCUUGUGGUCCUCCCCCUACAUCAGCUUCACCUCCUGAGCCCGAGCCUCCUGUACUGUCCGAGAGCGAGGAGAGUGAAAUAGAAAUCGACAAAGAAGGAGUGAUUGAGCCAGACACUGAUGAACCGCAGGAGUUGGGAGAGCUUGAAAACAUGGAGGUCACAGAUGAGAUGAGGGACCAGGCCAAUGAGAAGAAGAUCGAGGCCAUUAAUGCUUUGGGAGAAGGUGACCUGCAGAAAGCUCUUGAUCUUUUCACUGAAGCCAUCAAGCUGAACCCCUGCGUAGCCAUCCUGUAUGCCAAGAGGGCAAGUGUCUACAUCCAGAUGCAGAAACCCAACGCAGCCAUAAGGGACUGUGACAGAGCCAUCAGCAUCAACCCAGACUCUGCACAGCCAUACAAGUGGAGGGGAAAAGCUCACAGGCUGCUGGGCCACUGGGAGGAGGCAGCCAGGGACCUGGCCACAGCAUGUAAACUAGACUAUGAUGAGGAUGCCAGUACGAUGCUGAAGGAGGUCCAGCCUAAGGCUAACAAAAUCAUGGAGCACAGACGCAAAUAUGAGCGCAAGAGAGAGGAGAAGGACCUCAGGGAGAAACAAGAGCGGAUAAAGAAAGCGAGAGAGGAGCACGCGCGGGCUCAGAGGCAGGAGGAAGAAGCACGACAGUUUGGAGGAUUCUUCCCAGGUCCUGCUGGAUUCCCAGGCGGAGCCCCUGCUGGGAUGCCAGGUCUUGGUGAACUCCUGAAGGAUCCUGAGCUGCUCAGCGCCAUGAAGGACCCUGAGGUGAUGGCUGCCUUCCAGGAUGUGGCGCAGAACCCGGCCAACAUCGCCAAGUACCAGAACAACCCCAAAAUCAUGGCCCUCGUCACCAAGCUAAGUGCCAAAUUUGGAGCUUCACCACAGCCAUAGACCGGAAGAGACGAAAGUGGAGUGGAGAGUGGAUACGUGGUGAAACAAUCUGGAAAGCCUCGCUUUCAACAAUUAUUCCACUGUGUGCAGAUCAAACAUGGGAGCGGGUGACAGAUUAACUGGUGUGAUUUAGAGGAAUUGCGGCUACUUUUAAAAUGUUCUUCAUCAGCCUGUUAGCACUUAGCAACGUCUCAACAAAGCAACGCGUUGGUUCAGAGUCAGGUCCGAUACUUAGACAACCUCUCUGACGUGUCUCAGCUGGGACUUUACUUAACCACAGGUUGGCAUUCCUCAACCUGUAUCCUGAAAAGCUAAACUGGGAGCUUAUGCUUUAAGAUGCUAGCUCAGAAACAUUUUUACAGAAUUUAAUACGUGGUAAUGGUUUAGCUACCGGUCUUUUCUUUCUCUGAACAAAGCCGAACUCUCACACACUUUUGGUAAACAGAUCUAUUAUAAAUGCAAAAAAAAAGUAAUGAUUUUGAUGUCUGACCCUGUUGGAAAAAUGACUCACAAUAAUAAAACCUCUUGCUGCAAA